AUGGAUGAAAGUAGAUGUAGUAUACAUAAUAAAUAUUUAGAGUUUCUAUGUUCGACUUGUAAUGAAAUCGUUUGUGUGAAAUGUUGUACUUCUGUGCAUCGAGGACAUCUGAUCGAUGAUUUAGAAUCGAUUACACAGAGUGAACAGUAUACAGAGAGGUUGGAAUAUCUUUGGAGACUUAUGAAUAGGUGUACCGUUAUGAUAGAAUCAUUCAAUAAGACCGAACAAAAGAUUGUACAACACUAUAAUGAACUGCAUACCAUGUUGAUGACAGAGGAACUAAAGAUAAAGAAACCGAUAUUGGAUGAACGAAGAGAAGCGGAAACAUUGCUAAAAACUAUAUUGGAGGAAUUGAAAUCACUCAAUAUCAUUAUAAAGAGUUCAAAUACACUUGGUGGAGGUGGAGAGGAUACUAAACAAUUGGAAGAUAAUGAUAAUCAUUCUGAGAAAGAUAGCGAAGAUGAAAAGGAAGAAGAAGAAGAAGAUGUCAAUUGGAAUUCAAAAGAAAUGAAUAGUUCUGUUAUAAUUGAAUCUAUUCGUGAUUCUUCUUCAAUCAAUGAAUUCAUGUCGUCGACAAUUAUAAAUGGUCUUGGAAAUGGCAAUGGAAAUAGUAGUAGUGUUGGCAAUGGACAUGGCAAUGGCAUUGGAAGUAGUAGUGGUCAUAAUAGUGGUUUGGAUAGUAGUUGUAGUGGAAGCAAUAUAAGUGAAUGUUUUCAUGAAAAUAACUAUAGUUUGUUGAAGCGCAUCAAAGAGUAUUCGGGAUCGUUCAAAACCAACAGCUACAAGCUACCGAAUCACUUUGAUAUCAGGUUCGAAGAGGAACGUCUCGAGAAUGCCAGGUCGAUGCUCAGCAACAUGUACGAGAUUGUCGAUUUGGAAGACGAUCAACCGGUGGUGUCUACCUGUCAUCACGUCAUCAAUAUGCUGCUGACGGUAGGCGAGAAUGGAAUACACUUUUUCGACUUGGAGACACUGGAGUGGUCACAACACAAAGCCGAAGACUACGAAGAGCGUCUCUUACCGUUCAACUCGCUCGCUGCGACACGCGACUACAUUUUCAUAUUCGGUGGAUCCAACAAAUCCAAUAGCUACUCGCGCUUCAACAUCGCCACCCGACAAUGGGAUCACAGUGCACCCAUUCAAACGAAGCUCGGUGGCUGUGGAAUCUCCACUUGCUACGACGGAAGUCGCUAUAUCUACUUGAUUGGCGGUGCAACCAAGACUGGACGUGUCACUCGUAUCGACUCGUUCGACACAGAGACAAUGGAGUUUGAGCAUGUCGGCGCAAUGGAGAUGCCGCGCUCCGAAUCACUCUCGUUCUACUUGGAUGGCAUCAUCUAUAUUGUCGGUGGUUGUGACUUGGCCGGCAAGGAAAUCAAAAACAUGUUGGCCUUCAAUAUUGCAUCGGGCGAAUGCACCACCUACAUCGAACACAUGGGAUUCCGCGAGCGUAUCAUUGCCAGCUGCUUCGACGGCCACGACAAAGUCUACAUUCUCGACAAGGAGCGAAACUUCUACUCGGUGUCGAUCAAGACCAAAAGCAAAGAGAUACUGAAUCCGCCACUGGCCAUAUCGAACAGCAGCAACAAACACUCGAUGAUCUUUUGUCCAAAGAAAUUCCGUCAAAACUCCUCAGAGAUUCUAUUCAUCGGUGGUAAGACUCAUCAGAAUCAUUUCUAUUCAGUAGACAAGAAUAAAUGGAGUCAGAUCGAUAAGAGUGUAGAUACAAUCUACCGUAGCUAUGAUGGUGCCAUAGGUUAUUACUCUGAAGAAAAAAAAUCAAAAUCAACAAGGCUUUCAUAA